UGACAAGUUUCUUCGCUUGUCUUUGCAGCUCUUAUCAAGAUACUCAAAUUGGUUGUCAUCUGGAUUGGCUGAUUGGAAGAAGGGUAGUGUGAGCUCUAAUCCUGGAUGUAUUAUGUCCCUAUAAAGUGUUUUCUUGUUCCCCAGAUUAUUCAUGACAUUAAUUGGCUAGCCAAGAGAAUUUGUGGUGACUACCUAGAAGGCAUACUGCAGCUUUUAUCUACUUGCUCCACUGAAGUCCUUGAUCUAGUAAAGAAGAGCAUUUUACAUGGUGGAAAAUCGCUGAGUGAUUUGUUACCCUCAGUUAUCAACACAAUUAUAGAAGCACUCGUUGACAAGUCUGUUGAGGACUUGAGACAGCUAAAGGGAAUAACUGCAACUUACAGAAUGACAAAUAAGCCUCUUCCUGUCAGGCAUUCACCUUAUGUGGCAGGAAUAUUGAGACCAUUGAAGAUUGCAGGCUGUUCUAGAUGGAGAACGAGCAACAACAUUUUUGACAGAAGAUGCUAAGAAUAAUUUACUGCUGGGAGCUACAGCAGAAAUUACUGGGCGUUACCAUGAGCUGUCUGCUGACCUUGUCAGCGUGUUAAUAUCGCGGAGUGAAAUCUCUGAUAUUUGAGCCUUCCAUUUAUCCAAAGAAUUUUGACUUAAAAAGUUUUGAUUUCCAUGUCCAGGCUAGAAAAACAGAGUCCUCACUCCAGAGAAUACGACAAGGUGGACAAAGACGUGAUGGGGCAAGCUCAGAUGUGUCAGAUCAUAAUGUAUCUGACACUGACAAGAUUUGCAUGCAAUUAUUCUUCGAUAUUCAGGAAUAUGGGAGGAACCUUGCUGCUGUGGGAGUUAAAGCCGCUGAUAUUCCUGCAUAUAGAUCCUUGUGGCAAUGUGUUGCUCUCCAGACAGGCAAACUCUUACAAACUUUUUAAAAAACAAUUAGCUGCAGCAGCUGUAGGCAGUAGGCUGUAGCAUUAUAAUAUGGUUGAUCUUGCCUGGAAAUACGAUUUCUUCCUUUUAUUAAUCGCAAUGAUAUAGCAAUUGUUGAGCUUUUGUUGUUACUUUUAUCAUUUGCCUUGCAGUGGCAGAGACAAAAAUUUUGUAUAAUAAACUUAGGUCAAGUUCUUUGUCUAGAUUCGAGAUUUGUCACCUAAAUGAAAUUGUACAAUUUGUACCACAACAGAUUCUAUAAUCUGUAUCAAAGAUUAUGAGAACUAAAAACCAUACCAAAGUCCAAUGACAACACAUCAUUUUCCCACUUCGUCUGUCAUUGUUCUGUGUUUCUCAAAUUAUCUUGAACAACUAGACUUCAAUUUAAACUGAAUGAUAUCAGAUGUGCAGAUAAGAACUCGCACCGUACUGUUUCCUCCAGAAUGAUCUCUUUUUAACUUCUUUGCACCAGUAUUUUUGCAAACCGAUAUUGCAAUACUAUGUUAUGUUCGGUAUAAAGAAAGCUGUGACUGGAGACACAGAUCACAUGAGAUAGUCCAGAGUUUCUUUGCAAGUUCGGAAUUGUUUGAAACUACAGAAGAGUCAAUAGUCCGACCCUUUCCACCAAAAAAAUAUACCCCCGAUGUUUCCUGAAACAAGCAAAAACCACUCAUCAGCUCUGAAAUUACUGGUCACUGUAUUCAACAGAGACUGCCUCAGCCGGAGGUAAAAUGUUAUCGGUACUUGUUAAUUUUCAGAACCAGUCGCCAGUUAAGAAUAUGGUAAGAAAGAGUGAAAAUCUGC